AGGAUGUCCUGAGUGUUGCGGAAGGUCGAGCUUGCACCACCAAAACCCAAGCGGUUCUAAUGUACUGCGUGUACAAAAGAUGGGGAGUUCUAGAAGGUUCAUCUUUAGCGAGCGUGGGAAAGAUCUACACCAUCUACAGCAAAUUCACCAACUCAUCUAGCACCCGAGCAGCAAUAAUUCGUAAACGGAUUCUACAACAUGUACAUGAUACAGUGGAAGGCAUCCAACAAACUGACGCAACUGAUACAGCAGUAUUUUUCCACUUUGGUCUGAACAUACUACUAACAUAUUCUGAAGGGAAAGACAAACAAAAUACCGCUUCAGCGUACAAAGAUUGGCUUUAUGGGGUCGGCAGCACUGAAUUCCAUCACAAUACAGAGUACCCAAAUACGAGAUGCACAUGUCACCACAACAACCAAGGUGAGAAAACUACAAUAGAUUCACAAACAGAAUUUUCAACCGGAUAUGGUGCAUCAGGACACACAGAAGAAACAUCAACAACCAAUAAAGCUACAAAUUCGUCCCACGAUUACGAAGACACGAAUAACUACGGUUCAACGGAUGCUGAAGAUCUAAUUGAUAUUCGUACAACCGAAGAUGGGGGAGUAGGAGAAACGGAUGAACCAAAAGAGGGAUCAACCACACAAGAUUCAAAUUCAUCUCACGCCAAAGAAGAUUCUAAACAUCACAAUUCAACAGAUGGUGUUGGUUCCACUGAUGAUGGUACAUCGGCCGAUGGUGAAACAGAAGAAACGGAUGACACAAAAGAAGGAUCAACCACAAAAGAUUCAAAUUCAUCUCACAACACAGAAGACAGUAAACAUCACGAUUCAACGGAUGAUGUAGGUUCCACUGAAGUUGGCACAUCCGCAGAUGGUGAAAUAGAGGAAACGGAUAACACAGAAGAGGGAUCAACCACAAACGAUUCAAAUUCAUCUCACCACGCAAAAGACACUAAACAUCACGAUUCAAAGAAUAGUUUAGGGUCUACCGAAGUUCAUACAUCUUCAGAUGGUCAAACCGAAGAAACAGGUCACACAAAAGAAGGUACAACCACAAAAGAUUCAAAUUCAUCUCACGACACAGAUAGCACUAACCAUUACGAUUCAACAGAUGAUAUUGAUACAACCGCUUAUGGUAAAACAGAAGAAACGAAUGACACAAAAGAGGGAUUAACUACAAAAGAUUCAAAUUCAUCUCACGAUACAGAGAACACUCAACACAAUGAUUCAAGGGAUGAUGUAAAUUCCACCGAUGACGGUACAACCGCACAUGCUGAAACAAAAGAAACAGGUGACACAAAGGAAGGACCAACCACAAAAGAUACAAAUUCAUCUCACGACACAAAAGACACUAAACAUAAUGAUUCAAAGAAUGGGUUAAAUUCCACCGAUGAUGGUACAACCGCACAUGCUGAAACAGAAGAAACGGAUGAUAGAAAAGAAGGAUCAACCACAAAAGAUUCUAAUUCGUCUCACGACUCAGAAGGCAUACACCACAAUUCAACAGAUGAUGUAGGUUCCACUGAUGUUGGUACAUCGGCAGAUGGUGAAACUGAUGAAACGGAUGACACAAAAGAAGGAUCAACCACAAAAGAUUCAAAUUCAUCUCACGACACAGAAGACAGUAAACAUCAGGAUUCAACGGAUGGUGUAGGUUCCACCGAAGUUGGCACAUCCUCAGACGGUGAAACAGAGGAAACGGAUGACACAAAAGAAGGAUCAACCACAAAAAAUUAUAAUUCGUCUCACGACACAGAAGGCAAACAUCAAGAUUCAACGAAUGGUGAAGAUUUCACCCAUGUUGGUACAACCGCUCAUGAUGAUACAAAAGAAACGGAUGACUCAAAAGAAGGAUCAUCCACAAAAUAUUCUAAUUCGUCUCACGACACAGAAGACACGAAACAUAAUGAUUCAAAGGAUGGUGUAAAUUCCACCGAUGAUGGUACAACCGCACAUGCUGAAACAGAAGAAACGGAUGAUACAAAAGAAGGAUCAACGACAAAAGAUUCUAAUUCGUCUCACGACUCAGAAGGCAUACACCACAAUUCAACAGAUGAUGUAGGUUCCACUGAUGUUGGUACAUCCGCAGAUGAUGAAACAGAAGGAACGGAUAACACAAAAAAGGGAUCAACCACAAAAGAUUCUAAUACAUCUCACGACACAGAAGAUAAACAUCACGAUUCAACGGAUGGUGUUGGUUCCACUGAUGUUGGUACAUCCGCACAUGGUGAAACAGAAGAAACGGAUGACACAAAAGAAGGAUCAACCACAAAAUAUUCUAAUACAUCUCACGACACAGAAGGCACUAACCAUUACGAUUCAACAGAUGGUGUAGGUAGUUUCGAUAUUGGUACAACCACACAUGGUGAAACCGAAGAAACGGAUGAUACAAAAGAUGGAUCAAACACAAACGAUUCAAAUUCAUCCCACUACACAAACGAAACUAAACAUCACGAUUCAACGGACGGUGUAGGUUCCAAUAAUGUUGGUACAUCCGCAGGUGGUGAAACAGAAGAAACUGAUAACACCAAAGAAGGAUCAACCACAAAAUAUUCUAAUUCGUCUCACGACACAGAAGGCAAACAUCAAGAUUCAACGGAUGAUGAAGAUUUUACCCAUGUUGAAGAUAAUAAAGAUAACAAAUCAACGGAUGGUGUAGGUUCAACCACACACGGUGAAACAGAAGAAACAGAUGACACAAUCGAAGGAUCAACAACAAAAGGUUCAAAUUCAGCUCACGACACAGAUGACACAAAAACUAUUGAUUCAACGGAUGAUGAUGGUUCCAGCGAAGAUGAUACAAGUGGAGGUGGUGGAAAAGGGGAAAAGGAUGAAUCCAAAGAAGGAACAACCACAAUAGAUUAUUAUAAUUUCACGCACGAUUCUGAAUUAACUCAUAAUUCUGGGUCAACGGAUGACGCUGGUCCAACCGAUGUUGAUACAACCGGAAAUGGAGGGAAAGAAGAAACUGAUGACUCCAAGGAAGGAUCAACCACCUUAAAAGAUGAUAACACGAACGAAGAUAUUGAUGGCACUCCCGAAGAAGAGUAUACGUUUGGCGGUACUUCUGACCGGGAACAUAGGAAUGGCGAUAAUGGCAAAGAAGGCGGUAAAGGAAAGAAGGAUAAUAACGGUAACGGAAAUGAAAGUAAUGAAAAUAAUAGUAAUGAAAGUAAAAGUAAUGAAAAUACUGAAAAUGGAAACAAUGAUACAGGACCAAAUGGUAAAAAGAGGGAUAAGAACGAUAAUGGAAAAAAUGGUAAAAAUGAAACACCUCGUUCAGAAAACGAAUCGGAAGAUGUUUCUCAAUCAAAUGAUGAUAGAAGUGAUGUGAGGGACAGUAAAAAUAAUAUUUCCUCUAGUGAAAAUGAAGAUGCAAAUGGUGAGAAGAACCAUAAUAAAGGGAAAGGCAAAGGUAGUGAUGAAAAUAGUUCUGCAGCAAAUGACGAUAACAACUCGAAAGAGAAAGAAAAGGGUUCUUCUGAUAAUUCUAAAGAAAAUGAAGAUCAACAUUCAAAGGAUAAUAGUUCC